GAGAGCUUCGAGGAAUCGAUGAGUGGGGCAGAGAAGACAAGAGACAACGGGCCUUUUAACCUAUGAUUUGAAAUUAUGAUUCAAUGGUGUUUUGGAUUGCGUCUGAUGCUCAUCUGAUCACAGUUUAACGUUAAUCUGUGUAUUCAUCUGUAAGAUUGUGGCAGCCUUUGUUUAAAGAUGGUGCUGGGGUACUCUGUCAGCCACCUUUUCCAAUUUCCAGUUGAAAAAGUUGUGAAGGCUCAUUGUAAGUCUUACAAUGAACGAAAAGAUGUUUUAGAAGUGAAACAGGUGGAGAAUGACAACGAUGUCCAGGGUCUUGAAUAUUUUAAAUGGUUCAUAACUACGUUAAAUCCACUCCCAAGCAUCAUUAGAAAGAUGGGUAGAAUGGAUGAGCCAAAUAUCCAAAUAGAAGAAGAAUUGUGGAUUGACAGCCCUGGCAGGCGCCACUGGCUCAGGCAACAAAAUGUAUCAUUCACAGAUAACAUGACAAUACAGAGGAACUCCACUUUUGUGCCUGAUUCUCACAAUCCAGAGUGGACUUGUUUUGAGCAAGCGGGAGCUGUAGACAUGGGUAACCUUGGAUUUAUUGGAAAAGCUCUGGAACUACUUUACAAAAAUGUGAUGGAGACUGAUGUUCGCCAGCAAAUUGCAUUGAUUGAAGGGAUUCUAGACAACAAAUAGAAAUACCGUGGAUCCAAGCAGGUACCAGGUACAGACUACCUACAUUGAGUCCAAUCUUCGAUGUUUAUGGAUAUAAUUUUCUAAUACUAGAAAUUUCCACGUUGGUGGUGGUUUCUGAAUUCUGAUAAUGCUUCUGACUGUUUUUGUUGCUGUUGUAUGUGUUUUUAUUUUUUUAAUUCAUCAAUUAUGUGCCAAGUUACAUUCCUGUCAAUCAGAAGAAAUAACUUUAAACUCAUUAUAUUUUUUUAUUCAAUUUAAAAAACAACAUCUAACUUGGUACUGAAUUAUGUUGUACUCUAUUGCAUAUUUAAUUACAUAUCAUUUUAAUGUU